AUGAAAAAGAUACAGUGUUUUGUCAUGGUAUAUAUUGUGUAUUGUUUUAUUUUGUAUGUGGAGUCUAGUUUAGGAUGUACAGAGCCUCAACCUGUUCUUCAUGCCUACCGAUAUACUGACGAUACCAGCCUUCCAGAAGGUGCCUUGGUCAACUAUACCUGUUAUCAAAAUCACUAUUGGAUAAGUGGAGAUCUUAAGAGAGAAUGUCAGGGUGGUGUUUUGACUGGUGAAUCUCCAGUAUGUGAUGAAUACGCAGUAUUGACUCCAGCUCAUGCUAUAUUACCUGAACCAAGUAGUUUAGGUGGUAUGGAUAACUAUCUAACUGAUGGAGAUGUACUAACAUGUGAGAGUACCACUCCCUCCACAGACCCGAGGUGGACCAUUGAAUUUGAUGGAGCGAAGUAUGUGUUUUCCGUUGAGUUAACCGUGGAAUGGCAAAGUAAUGUUGACAUAAACAAAAUCGAAGUUCAUGUUAGAAACACGACACAAAAUCCGACGACUCUGUGUGGUACUAUAAACUUUCCAUUCACAUCGUCAGGUAAUGUCGAUUUUAUGUGUCCACCAAACUUGAUUGGUAGUCAUUUAGUGAUACAAGGUUUUGGAACCGGUGUAUAUGGACUCGGUUUAUGUGACGUCAAAGCCAAAGGAAAAGAUUGGUAUUACGAAUGUGGAGAUCCCUCGUUUGUUUAUGGAGCUGAAGUAAGUAGUAAAAAAACUGUAGGAGGCAAUAUGAUUGUUCAGUAUUCUUGUGUUGAAGGAUUUUAUUAUGGUGGAAAGAAUCCCGAAUCUACUUGCCGUAAUGGUCAGUGGUCUGUAGUUGAUAUACUUUGUCUGCGGUCUGCUGCAACGAUAAGCAAUGCUGAACCAAUUACAAAUUUUGAGAUAUCACCCGGGGGAACCAAUUUGAUAAAACUAACCGAUGAAGACCAGAUAGUAAACGUUCAAUAUGCCACAGGAACAGGAUCAACACUAACGGCAACUUUGAACAGUGACCCAAUACCUUCAUCAGAUAUUACUCACUCUGAGACAUCUAAGACAGGAGCAGUAACAAUCAAAACAUCUCAUCCAGUUUUUACCAGUUAUGGUAUAUAUGACCUAACCUUGGAGUUACUAAACAAUGAGGGCAAGAAACAUUUAAAUCUUUACAUAUUCCAUGAAGCCAAGGUAGCUGGGUUACCACCACCGGGGCGGAAACACUUUUGCAACAUAAAUGAAACAUACGUUAUUGAAUUCGAUUUGGUAAGUGGUAGCAAUGUUCUUAGUGAGUGGAUGUUUGAGCAAUAUUCAAUACUUCAAAUCUAUUCUGGAGAUAUCAAUAGACUUUGGAAGAAUUACUCAUGUGAUGCUAUCCUUAAAGACAACGUAACAGUGGUGGCAGCCAACAAUGCAAGCGCAGAAUAUACAUGGUUUCUGUUGACGGUUCAGUACCCUGUCAACCACAUUGUCGCUUCUGUUGAUUCGCCAGUUGCCGAGACUUCGAGUAACCUUAAAUUCGACAUUCAAACUCAAUCUGAGGCUUUGACGCCCAUGGGCACAUUACAAGCUCAGAUCUUUUAUCACACGGGUGAAAAUGAAACAAAAUCUUUUACCCCAGGAGAAAGUACAGAAUUUUUCAAAUCAUUCACCACUCAGGGUCAAUUUAAAGCCAAUUUAAGUAUUUGGUCUGAGAGUAGCUCCGACAACCUGGAAGUUGAUUUUGCAAUAUGGGAUAAGUUAGAAGACUUGACACUGGAACCUAAAAAGCCAUAUGCUGAAGUUGGCAAAGUUGUAACAUUUGAAUUCAUUAAUCCACCACCAUCUGGAUUUGAGUAUAAAAUAAUAUACGGAAAUUCUAAACAAGCAUCUAACACAGAGGACGACCUUUAUCUACCCUUCAGCCAAGCACCCUUGAAUACAACGUAUUCUGAACCAAUCACAUAUUAUAUAUCCAUGAGAUCAUUUAAUCCAGAGUACGAAAAGAAUUAUACGACGUCAAUCAUCAUACAAAAUGCUGUAGGAAAUUUAACUUUAACCCCAUCUUCGCUUGUUAUACCUUAUGACAAUAGUACAGUAGAGUUUACUCUCAGUAUGGAACAUGAAAUGCCACCACCAACAUCCGUUUCUUGUGUUUUCACGUAUGGAGACGGGAAUGAUGAGAACGUGACGUUAGAUCUGACUUGGACAUCACCUUUUUCACACCUUUAUACAUACAGCAACAUUGGAAAUUACUCGGUUAAUGUGUUUUGCAGUAAUCAAAUAAGUAAUAUCACGUUAUUCAGCUCCAUAGGCGUUCGAUAUUACACAAUCGACGACGUGAAUUUAUUUCACCAGAACCCCUUUCCAACCAAUUUUACCGAGGGUCGAGAUGUAGAGUUUAGCUUAAGGAUAAAAGAUCUGGACGUUACACCACCAAACACACAAUUGACGUGGAAUUUUGGUGACGACUCUACUCCUCUAGUCCAAACCUUCAACGAAUGGAUCCUUGUCCAUCAUUUCCCAAAGCGCGAUAUUUUCAUGGGAAUGCUAGAGAUUAACAUGAGUAAUGAAACGAAAACAAUCACAUUUACUCAACAGAUUGGAACAGUAACCAUUUCAUCUGAUAUCUUGAUAGUUCUGGCUGGAAAUCCGGUACUGUUCACUACACAAAUAAUUAAUACCGGUUCUGUUGAACCGCUCAGUUACCAAAUCGAUUUUGGAGACGGUACAGUUCCCGUGUCAUCACAAAACUUUAGCCACUCUUUCGCUGAUGGUGGGUACUAUAUUGCUACUGCAAAAGUGUUCAAUUCAACAUUUUCAGAAUUCAACACAGUCGAGGACGUCUUAGUUGUCGAAAAUCCAUUAACAAGCCUUUUAUCAGUGUCAGCUCAGAACGUUGCAUUUCCGCCUGGUAACUUUCGUCUGUCACUCGGGUUACCUCCAGGAUCAAAACCAAUCACAUUCGUAACCUGUGAAUAUAAUUUUGGUGAUACCGUUGAUAAUGUAUUGCACUAUCAUACGGAUAAUAUAAGUCUUAGUCACCCUAUAACAUUUCUUCAUACAUAUACUAAACUAGGACCAUAUACCAUCUUGUACAACUGCUCGAAUGUCUUGACAUCUACUAGUGGUAAAUUGAGUACAAGUGUAAUAAACGAAUGUUUUUCAAUUAUUGGUAUUUUUGACCCGCAGUAUUCUUAUCAGGACAAUCCUAUGCGUAUUUAUACUUCCCAGUUGAUGCAAAUAUCAUCAAGAUUGACAAUAUAUUGUGGUGAACAUCAACCAAGGUUUGUUUGGACACUGAAGAAUAUUACAGAUGGUAACAUGACCAAUGUAUCACUAGACCAACCACAAACGGACUUCAUACGAUUUCCUAAAAACUCAAUUCCCAAAGGCAAAUAUAUCUUAUCUCUUAACGUCAGCUUUGUUUUAAAACCAGAAAGUUGGUUGAAUGAAAUCACGUUCUUGGAAUUUCGUGACCCUCCGAUCCGUGCUGAGAUUGUUGGCGGAUUUCAAAGAACAACUGGUAUGAAAGAUAUAACGAUAGAUGCUGUUCCAUUAUCUUAUGAUCCUCUUAAAGAACAAGGACAACCAGAUGAUUUGUCUUAUUCCUGGACGUGUAAAAAAGUGAAUACUACAACAGUCCUGGAAUUAUUAUCCAAGUAUAAAAAUGAAAGUUUUAGCAUACCAUGUAACUCAGUCAGUUAUCAGCUUGCAGCUGGAACACUAUUGUUUAAAGCGAGUAGUGAGGAGAGACCAAUUGGGUAUAUAUUUACUUUGGAGGUAAAUAAACCAGGACGUACUGCUGGCGAAUUUAUUCAGACAGUACAAGUUCUUUAUGAAGCUCCAGAUAUCAAUAUUUUGUAA